AUGCAACUUGGCUUGGUUCAACAGGGGGGAGAGAAGAAGACGGAGGAGAAGAAGAAAGGAAAAGAAGAAUUAUAUCUGCGUCCUGUCUCCAACUCCCCGUCUUCUUCUACCAACAACGUCACGAACUAG